CUUAUCCUUUAGCCGCUAAAAUGCACGUCCGUUGCGGGAUGACCUCAGAGCUCCUGGUGAAAUUCCUGGCGAAUUCAUAGCCGCCUAAAGCAACAUUGUCGAGAUUGUGAUUCCAGAGAAGGCACUCGUAUCUCCUAACGGUCAAUUGCCCCAGCUCGAAUCGUCGGACUUGUUGGAGAGUCUCGUUGCGCAGCGAAAACAGGAGCCGAGUUUUGGCGGAAAACGCAACUGCCUAACGAUCGUCGGCUCCAAUCCGCGCCCCAAGUGCAAGAUAAAUAUCAACACGAAAGAUGGGCUCCGACGAAGAGCACCGUGGCCAGCGGUCGCGACGUAGCCGCCACGACGACCAAGACGACGAGGAUCGGCCCCGCCGAGAACGAGACACCACAGAUCGCGAUAGCCACCGCCGCAGACGCAGCAAAGACCGCAGCGACACCCACCGCGACCGCGACCGUGAACGUGAUCGCGAUCGUGAUCGCGGCUCGGACAGACCACCACGCAAAGAACGACGAAGAUCUCGAUCAUGCGACAGGCGCGAGACGUCCCGUCGCUCGCGCUCACCAGACCCUUCCGCGCGGAAACGCUCCCGCUCACGAGACCGCGAUCGCGGCGAUCGCGACAGACACAGGCGGAGGCGAUCCCCUCAAGAUGACGAGCGCAGCAGCAGGGACAAAGACUCCCGUCGCCGCCGACACCGCGAUCGAAGCCCAGCCUCCGACUCAGAAGAUAACAACACCAAACCCCAAGAGCGCAAGCGCCUCACGGCGCCCACAAGCCCCAUCCGCCGCUCGGGGCCCCUCCCAGACCAAGACGCCUCCUUCGCCGUCUCCAAAGGCGAAGAACCCGAAAAACCAAAAGAAAAACCCAACCUCCGCACAACGGGCCUCCUCGCAGCGGCCUCCAACUCGGUCCAACAAGCCGACGGCACCUCCAUCGCGCUAAAAUACCACGAACCCGCCGAGGCGCGCAAGCCGCCCGCGCGCGACCAGUGGAAGCUCUUCGUCUUCAAGGGGGACGACGUGGUCGACACGGUGGACCUGAACCUGCGGAGCUGCUGGCUGAUGGGCCGCGAGGCGGCCGUGGUGGAUUUCGCGGCCGAGCACCCAAGCAUCAGCAAGCAGCACGCCGUGAUCCAGUUCCGGCACGUGGAGAAGCGGAACGAGUUCGGGGACCGGAUCGGGAAGGUGAAGCCGUACCUCAUCGAUCUCGAGAGCGCCAACGGGACGGUGCUGAAUGGGGACAAGGUUGCGGAGAGUCGGUAUUAUGAGCUGAGGGAUAAGGAUAUGAUUAAGCUGGGGCAUAGUACGCGGGAGUACGUGCUCAUGCUGGCGCCGAAGGACUAGAUACCAGAAAACGAAGACUUGCUGUGGCCGUAAGGCAGCUCUUGAACACUCCAAGAUCGCAGGUCCCGAGGUGGCAUUGUAGAAGGAUGGCUUGUUGUCAACAGAGAUGUAAAUCACCUAAUUCACAGUCAUAUGAAGAGAUGAAGCAUUUGGGCGCCAUAAU